UUACAUGAUGUGGAUGUGCAGUUAUAUAUAUCGUGUUACAUUUGUGUGGAUUAUGGACAUUUUUUUUUACUACUUUUUACUUUAAGUUCUAACUUAAAGAUGCAGAGAGUCAAAGUCAAAGGUUCAUGGUUACUUUCUGUUUCCGAUGAUGUCACUUCUCGCUUGUAAAUGUGAUUUUUAAACUUUAAUAUGUCCUACUUAUACCCUAUAAUGAUAAUAUUUAUUUUCUGUGUUAGUUUAAAGUGAACGAAUGCUGCUAAAUCUUCUGUGUUAUGUGUAUGUCUGUCCCUGACACAAAAAUGAGUCCCUGCAGGUCCUGGUUUGAGGACCCCUGCAGCCUGGCGGUGAGAGCAGGAACAGCAGGCAGAGGCAGCGCCAUAUUGCUCCUGGUUGAGCACAGACUCAGGAGGAGGAGGAGGAGGAGAAAACCUGCAGCUGCCUGUGAGAGACUCUGUCGUGUCGCGAAUCGCACCAGUUUCGACAGACACGGUGAGAAAGGAGCUCAGCCGCAUAAACACACGCCUCUUGUGAAGAAAACCCGACAGCUCCUCGCACAAGAGCCACGAACAGGACAGAAAAAUGCCAAAAGCGGUCAAUGUUCGCGUCACCACCAUGGACGCUGAGCUGGAGUUUGCCAUCCAGCCCAGCACCACCGGCAAACAGCUGUUUGACCAGGUGGUGAAAACCGUUGGCUUACGUGAGAUCUGGUACUUCGGACUACAGUAUAUGGAUGGCAAAGGUUACUACACUUGGUUGAAACUGGACAAAAAGGUGUCAUCACAGGACGUGAAGAAAGAGAACCCGCUUCAGUUCAAGUUUCGGUCCAAGUUUUUCCCAGAGGACGUGUCGGAGGAGCUGAUCCAGGACAUCACCCAGAAGCUCUUCUUCCUGCAGGUGAAGGAGAGCAUCCUCAGUGACGAGGUCUACUGCCCGCCAGAGACGGCCGUACUGCUGGCCUCCUACUCUGUUCAGGCCAAGUUUGGAGACUACGACAAAGAAGUUCACCGGCCAGGAUAUCUGGUUUCUGAACGCAUGCUCCCACACAGAGUCCUGGAGCAGCACAAGUUAUCCAGAGAACAGUGGGAGGAGAGGAUCCAGGUGUGGCACGAGGAGCAUGGUGGCAUGCUGAAGGAGGACGCCAUGCUGGAGUACCUGAAGAUCGCCCAGGACCUCGAAAUGUACGGAGUCAACUACUUUGAUAUUAAGAAUAAGAAGGGAACAGAGCUGUGGCUGGGAGUGGACGCCCUGGGACUCAACAUUUAUGAGAAAGACGACAAAUUGACGCCAAAGAUCGGCUUCCCCUGGAGUGAGAUCAGAAACAUUUCCUUCAACGAUAAGAAAUUCAUCAUCAAGCCCAUUGACAAGAAAUCGCCUGACUUUGUGUUUUAUGCCCCAAGACUGCGCAUAAACAAGCGCAUCCUGCAGCUGUGCAUGGGCAACCACGAGCUGUACAUGCGUCGCCGCAAGCCGGACACGAUCGAGGUGCAGCAGAUGAAGGCUCAGGCCAGAGAGGAGAAGCAGCAGAAACAGAUGGAGAGGGCCCAGCUGGAGAACGAGAAGAAGAAAAGAGAGGCCAUCGAGCAAGAGAAGGAGCAGAUGGAGCGAGAGAAGCAGGAUCUGAUGAUGAGGCUCUACCAGUUUGAGGAGAAGACCAAGAGGGCAGAGAAAGAUCUGCAGGACCAGCGCCAAAGAGCCUCCAUGCUGGAGCAUGAACGAAGGAGGGCCGAGGAGGAAGCCGCUCGCCUGGAGGCGGAGCGUCAGGCCGCCCUGCUGGCUAAAGAGGAGCUCGCCCGCCAAGCCGAAGACCAGAAGAAGAGUCAGGAGCAGCUGGCGGCAGAGUUGGCAGAGCACACAGCCAAGAUCUCCCUGCUGGAGGAGGCCAGGAGAAGCAAGGAGAAUGAGGCCAACCAAUGGCAGCUCAAGGCCCAAGAAGCUCAGGAUGACCUGGUGAAGACUAAAGAGGAGCUGCACAUGGUGAUGACAGCGCCUCCACCACCCCCUCCUCCCCCCGUGUACGACCACAUGGACUACAACAGCGACAGCGAGGAGAACGUCAGCACGCACAGCGCCGACCUCCACAUCGAAGGCAUCAACGACCACCGCAUGGAGGAAGAUCGCCUGACCGAGGCCGAGAAGAACGAGCGUGUCCAGAAACAGCUGCGGGCGCUGACCUCAGAGCUGGCUCAGGCGCGUGAUGAGUCCAAGAAUACCCAGAAUGACCUUCUUCACUCUGAGAACGUCCGGGCCGGCCGCGACAAAUACAAAACCCUGCGACAGAUCCGACAGGGCAACACCAAGCAGAGGAUCGACGAGUUUGAGGCCUUAUAAGAAGCCCCCGGCCCUCAGCUACGCACCCCUUUCUGAACGGUUGCCUAUAUCUCGCUCUCCUGU